CAGUGGCAGCAGCUGAAGAACUGUCCAGAAGUUCCUGCCCAGCCUCUGCAGCCCCACACCAGCGCCUGACAAGACUCCCUCUUCCUCUGCCUUCCCUCCUGCUGUCCCCAGGGCCUGUGGGUCCCCCUACCCAGGGCCCCCACAGGCUGCCUGCGUGGCCAUGUGCCCCCCGCUCAGCAAGCAUUAUCAGCCGAACGACAUGCCUUCCCUGUGCGGGUACUGGCUGUACCAGCUCCAGCACAGCCCCUGCAUGCACCUCUGCUUCCACUGCCUCCGAGCUGCUUACCUGGGCCUCAGGGAGGCCCUGCUGGACUGGGAAGAGGAAGAGGGGGAUGAGUCCGAGUUGGAGUUGGAGUCAGACUCUGAGCAGGAGGCGGGCCCAGGGCUGGCCGCAUGGGGUGGCGCUGGGAGCCUGGCCCCCGAGGAGCUGAGCCAGCAGCUCAAGUGUGUGCCCACCGAGCUGGCCCCCCAGGAUGCGGUGCCCCUGGACUUGGGCCCGGAGGAGGCCACCGACUGGGCUCAGGAGCUGGCCUGGAGGCUGCAGGUGACUCCCACGUGCCUGCACUGGCCGAGCCUGCCUUCCCCAUGGCAAAGCUUCCCCACAGUGCCCAUCCCUCCAGAGGGGCACAUGGUGCUGCACCUGGGCUGCGCCUGGGCCCUGGAGCCGGCCCACAUCGAGGCCUGGCUGCUGAGCCUUCAGAUGGUCACCAUGAUGAGCCAGUUCAACAACGUCUACCUGCGCCACCUGGUGCCCCGCCAGGCCCUGCAGCUGCCAGGCCAGACCUGGAAAGUGCUGCUGGAGCCCCAGGAGAUGUGGGCCAUAACCCUGCAGUUCCCCCCCAAGGAGGCCGAGCUGGAGAUCUGGAAGCUGAGCAUCCUGAAGCCGGCCGCCUCGGGCCAGGGGGCAGAGCUGGUGCCCGCAGCCACCACCCUGCUGGAGCAGGGCCUCACCCUCCUCUCCCUUCUGCCCUUGGACCCCCCUGAGCCUGCGCAAGGCAGCUCGGGGGCUGGGCCGCUGCCCUGCACUCAAGGACAGGAGACCAGGGGCAGCGAGCCCAGAGUGCUUGGGGAGGACCUGGCUCUCAUGGCCGCCUUGGGCCUGGUUCCAGUCCCUAAGCCCGUGGCCCCAGAGCUGAGGGACAGAGGUCCAGGUGGCCCCGGGGCCCUGGCCGCGCAGGACAGGAUGCCAGGGGAGGACUGA